GCGUGACUGCGUCAGCUUCUUCUUCUGCUGCUUCCCUGCCCGUGUUUUCCUUGCAGAGACCCAGUUCUCGUUUCCUCUCCACCACCGUGCGAGCGAUUCCCAAUCGCUCCCUCCGCUUCGCUUCGAUUCCCACGAUCACUCUGCCGCAUCUCCGAAGCAUCGCACGACCUCGUCGCUCGAAUCCAUCCAUCAUCACACACUCUUCUUCGCUGAUUCACGGGUUUCCGAUCGCAUCGCUCCAUCGACGGAGCAAUCCAGCUCCGGAGGCGUGCGAGCGGUGCUGGUUCCGAGGAGUGGUGGGCGGGGAUCGGAGUGAGCUCGAAUGGGUCAGGGCUCGAAGAAGAAGAAAAAAGGAGGGAAGAGGAGCAAGGGGAGGACUCCUUCCAAGGACAAGCAUGCCGACGAGGACAAUGAGCUCCUCGCCGAGGAAAUCACUGCCCUGUGUGCGAUAUUUCAGGAAGAUUGCAAAGUUGCAGAAACCCCUCCGAAGAUCAUUAUUAAGCUCAGGCCUUACUCAAAAGACAUGGGUUAUGAUGAUCUGGAUGUGUCAGCCCUUCUUUUUGUAAGGUGCUUACCCGGGUAUCCUUACAAGUGUCCGAAGUUGCAGAUCAUACCUGAGGAAGGUUUAUCCGAAGCUGACGCAUAUAAGCUUCUCUCUCUCCUACACGAGCUGGCAAAUUCUAAUGCUCGCGAAGGACGCGUAAUGAUUUUCAAUUUGGUGGAGGCUGCUCAAGAGUUUCUGUCUGAGAUUGUCCCACUAAGCCAAGCACACAAAUCGGUGCCCUGCUUGACCAAGGAUGACAAUGGCUCGUUGUUUCAGAAGGACAUGGCAGCUUCCUUGGACAAAGGUGGCUCUUCCAGAGGACCCUUUGUAUAUGGUUUUGUAGACCUCUUUGGUAGCUCCGGAGAGUCAUGGCAUUGGGGUCUGAGUAUGGAUCAGAGAAGCGAGAAACAUACUUCUGUACAGUUGCAUGCAUCAGGAGUUUCAAAAUUUCAAUAUGAGCUUCCGGAUAAGAAGCUUAAUAAAGGGUUAAAGCCACAAACAGUGCUAGAUAAGAGGCAACCAUCUGUGCUUGUCCCUACUAGCAAUUUGGAAAAGCUUGAAGAAGAAAAUGAUGAUGAUGAGAAGAGUAUAUCUACUUCCUCUUCGAGUGAAGAAAUAAUGGAGAAGUUUGUACAAUUUAGUUUUAGAGGCAUGGAGAAUGCGGUUUUCCAGGAAGACGCAUCUGAUGUUGGCUAUGAAGAUGGCAAUAAUGAUGACGAUGACGACGACGACGACAGCAGUGGCCAUAAUUUUGAUGAUGUGGACGAUGAUCACGAUCAUGUUCAUUCUGAUGGCCUGUCAUCUGAGUCCAUGAUUCAUCAUCAAGCACCUCAAAUUGUCAAGAAAGAUCUGAUACUGGUUCAUCUCCUUCGUCUCGCUUGUGCUUCCAAAGGGCCAUUGUCUGAUGCUUUCCCUCAAAUAGCCUUGGAACUGUACAAUCUAGGAAUUCUUUCUGAUUGGGUACAUGAUUUGGCGUUAAAACAGUCCUCACUGUUUAGGAGAACUUUUGACCAUGCUUUUCAGCAGCAUACGACUUCAUCAAAAGUUUCUCAGUUUUGGAAGCCUACAGCUGAUAUAGUGCAGCCCAGUACACCUCCUCCAAGUUCCCGCUAUCUCAAUGACUUCGAGGAGCUUCAGACUCUUGGUCAUGGGGGUUUUGGCCAUGUUGUCCUUAGUAAGAAUAAAUUGGAUGGUAGGCAAUAUGCAGUGAAGAAAAUCCGGCUCAAGGACAAAAGUUUGUCUCUGAAUGACCGUAUAUUAAGGGAAGUGGCCACUCUAUCACGUCUGCAGCAUCAACAUGUUGUACGGUACUACCAGGCAUGGUUCGAAACGGGAGUUGCUGGUUCACACUGUGAUGUUGCUUGGGGUUCUAUGACUGCAGCAAGCUCCGCUAUAAGUGACCGGAAAACAAGCUCCAUUGACGUCUAUGGGCAAGAUAACAAACUAGAAUCGACGUACUUGUACAUUCAGAUGGAGUACUGCCCUAGGACUCUUCGCCAGGUGUUUGAAUCAUGUCAGUUUGACAAGGAAAAUGCAUGGCUUUUGUUUCGCCAAAUUGUUGAAGGCUUGAGACACAUACAUGGACAAGGGAUCAUCCAUCGGGAUCUUACCCCGAAUAACAUUUUCUUUGAUGCCCGUGGUGACAUUAAAAUUGGAGAUUUUGGUCUUGCAAAAUUCUUAAAACUCGAGCAGUUGGAUCAGGAACCCAGUUUUCUAACUGAAACUACUGGAGUUUCCAUUGAUGGUACUGGUCAAGUUGGUACCUAUUUCUAUACCGCCCCAGAAAUUGAGCAAGGGUGGCCAAAAAUUGAUGAAAAGGCUGACAUGUAUAGUUUAGGGGUUGUGUUUUUUGAGCUGUGGCACCCAUUCGGGACAGCUAUGGAAAGACAUAUUACACUUUCAGAUCUGAAACAGAAAGGAAACCUUCCACCUCUUUGGGUUGCUGACUUUCCAGAGCAAGCUACCCUACUGCGGCGCUUGAUGUCUCCUAGUCCUUCUGAGCGUCCAUCUGCAACUGAGCUUUUGGAGCAUGCCUUCCCACCAAGGAUGGAGUAUGAAUUGUUAGACAAUAUUCUUCGUACGAUGCGAAAUUCAGAGGAUACAAGUGUGUAUGACAAAGUUGUGAGUUCCAUCUUUGACAAUGAAGCCUUGAGGAUGAAAGACAAACAUCAGAAUGGGGAUGGAUUAAAUUUGCAUAAAUUUCACGAUUACUCUAUCCAGUACCCAGAGUUUGACACUGAACUACGUGAUCAUGUCAUGGAGGUCUCGAGGGAAGUCUUCAGACAGCAUUGUGCAAAGCAUUUGGAGAUUAUUCCUAUGCGCUUAGUAGACGAUUCUCCGCAGAUCAAGAGGAGUUCUGUCAAAGUAUUAACACAUGGUGGCGAUAUGCUUGAACUUUGCUACGAGCUGCGUUUACCAUUUGUUAGCUGGGCUGUUACACAACAGAAAUCUUCAUGCAAGCGAUAUGAAAUUUCAUAUGUCUUUAGGAGAGCUGUUGGUCAUUCUCCACCAACUCGCUACCUUCAGGGUGACUUUGACAUUGUUGGAGGUGCAUCUGCCUUGACAGAAGCAGAGGUUAUUAAGGUCACAAUGGACAUUGCAAGUCACUUUAUUUCCCCUGAAUCUUGUGAUGUUCAUCUGAAUCAUGGGGACUUGCUGGAAGCAAUAUGGUCUUGGACAGGUAUAAAGGCUGAACACAGAAAUAAAGUUGCAGAGCUUCUUUCACUCAUGGGUUCGCUGCGUCCUCAAUCCUCUGAGUGGAAAUCAAAAUGGGCUGUAAUAAGGCGCCAGCUUUUGCAGGAACUUAAACUGGCAGAAGCCAUUGUAAAUAGAUUGCAGACUGUGGGCUUAAGGUUCUGUGGAGCUGCUGAUCAUACUCUUUCUAGACUCAGGGGUGCCCUUCCAGCUGAUAAGCCUACUCGCAAGGCGCUUGAUGAAUUGUCAAACCUCUUUAGUUAUUUGAGAGUUUGGAGGAUUGAGAAACAUGUCUAUAUUAAUGCCUUGAUGCCACCAUCAGAAUACUAUCAUCGAGAUAUAUUCUUUCAGGUACAUUUUACACGGGAAAACAAUCCUGGAUCACUUUUGGAAAGUGCAUUACUUGCUAUUGGUGGACGCUACGACUACUUGCUUCAUCAGCUGUGGGAACAUGAACAUAAAGCAAGUCCUCCAGGUGCUGUUGGGGUAAGUUUAGCUUUAGAGAUGAUAAUUCAGCAUUCGUCUAUGGAAAUAAAACCUUUCAGAAAUGAGGCUGGCAACAGUGUUCUCGUGUGCUCAAGAGGAGGAGGUGGUUUGUUGGUAGACCGCAUGGAACUUGUUUCUGAGUUAUGGGAGGCAAAUAUUAAGGCAGAGUUUGUGCCACUACCUGAUCCAAGCUUCACAGAGCAAUAUGAAUAUGCGAAUGAGCAUGAUAUUAAGUGUCUUGUCAUCAUAACUGACACAUCUCAGACUGAUUCAGUUAAGGUUCGUCACAUUGAACUUAAGAAGGAGAAGAACGUUGAGAGAGAGAGCAUUGUGAAGUUCCUGGAGGAGGCAAUGUUGACACAAUUUAGAAACCCAUCCAUCUGGAUUUAGGAUGCUAUUGCAAACCAGUUUAUCGUCAGAUCUCAUGCCAUACUAGUAUUUUGGACCCCAUUUGCAAGGGCCGCCGCUCCAUGUCCCAAAGCAAGAAAAUCAGGCCGUUUUUGCAGUUGUUAGCUCAUCUUCAAAUUUUUGUCCCAGGUUCGGUCGUCACCGUAUAAACUGUACAGUCACUCGGAGUGGGAAACACAGGAUACAAGCUUUUCUCAUACAUGUAAAUGACCAUAGGCUUGCCAAUUACGCAGGAUAGGAAUAGCCAGUAAUCACAAAGUCAGUCAUUUGUUUUGUUUUCUUCAUCUUUGGUAUUUCUCUUCUCCAUUGUCCAGAAAACGCAACCGGUUUGACUGUGAUGCGUUUAUAUUUCUCGGACAGACGACGGUGUCUGUACAAAAUGUACAUUCGGCUUGCUAGCUGUAAAUUGGAUCUUCUGUA